AUGACAGCAACCGCCGCCAGUGUACCAAACGGCCCAGAUACAAAGAACGGCUACGCCUUCCUCUAUGUGAACAUCCCUCUGCUUGCCGUUGCCAUAUGUAUCGUGGGAUUUCGUGUAUGGUGGCGGUGCAUCAAGAAUAGCGGAGGCACGUUAAACAAGGCAGAUGUUUGCGUUGUCAUAUGUCUGAUCUUUAACAUCAUCCAAGUGUCUUGUAUUUCGGUUGCCAUUGUUAGAUGGGGCUUUGGGCAUCAUGCCCCUUUUCUCACCGCAGAAGAGCGAUACUACUCGCUACUAUACUUUUUCAUAUUCCAGUGCUUUGUGAAGAACACUGUCGCCAUAACGAAGCUGUCAUUCCUCUUUCUCUAUCUCGACAUCUUCCCCCAAAGGAAAUUCCGGAUAAUCUGCUGGACGAUUAUCAUCCAAAUAGCAGCUGGUCUGGUGGCCCUUAGCUUCACAACCAUUUUCCAAUGUUCUCCGGUCAAGUAUUCGUGGGACAAGACUAUACCCGGUACAUGCAUCAACAUUAAGGCCUUCUGGUAUGGCCAGUCAGGAUGGAACACUCUCAUGGACGUUUUGGUACUCGUCUUGCCAAUACCUGUGAUCCUGAAGCUGCAAAUGAACCGUCGGGCCAAGAUCAGCAUUCUAGCAGUGUUUGUUCUUGGAGCAUUCGUGACUAUCACCAGUAUCGAGCGUCUGAUCAGCCUUAACUUCAAUGCUACCUUCAUCUUAGACUUCACCUGGGCUACUGGGACAUCUGUCAUAUGGACCCAGGUAGAGUCAACGGUCGGUGUUAUCUGCGCAUGCACGCCAUCUUUGAGGAUGCCACUGGCUCGAUUUAUUCCCUUCCUCUUCGGCACCUCGAAGCACGACCCCUCAUACGAAUUGAGCGAUGGUGUUCAUGGCGCGUGUCCACGAUCGAACAACUGGAACAGUCAAUCCACCCGGUCGAAGAGGCGCGACGACUUUGAAGUUGCCAUCGAUGACCUCGAAACAAGCUACAAGAGUGAAGGUAGCCAAGAGCAGAUUAUGGGGAUCAAGAAGACGGUCAGUAUUGACAUGACGUUUCAGGAGAGGGCGCGUGAGUCAGACGCAGGCAGCAGCAAGCUAUAUGCUAUAUAG